CUCAUUUCUAGGGUUUUAUUUCGGCCUUUCGAAACCCUAGCUAGAGCAGCAGCCGCUGGGAAGAGGAGAAGAAGAAGAAGAAGAAAUCAGCCAUGGGUAGAAGACCUGCUAGGUGUUACAGGCAGAUUAAGAACAAGCCUUACCCAAAGUCAAGGUACUGUCGUGGUGUACCUGACCCAAAGAUUAGGAUUUAUGAUGUUGGCAUGAAAAAGAAAGGAGUUGAUGAGUUCCCUUUCUGUGUCCAUUUGGUGAGUUGGGAGAAGGAGAAUGUCUCCAGUGAGGCUUUGGAGGCUGCCCGUAUUGCUUGCAACAAGUACAUGACCAAGUUUGCUGGGAAGGAUGCUUUCCAUUUGAGAGUCAGGGUACAUCCUUUCCAUGUUUUGCGUAUCAACAAGAUGCUUUCAUGUGCUGGAGCUGAUAGGCUUCAGACUGGUAUGAGAGGAGCGUUCGGUAAACCUUUGGGUACUUGUGCCAGAGUUAGCAUUGGUCAGGUCCUCUUGUCUGUUCGUUGCAAGGAUACCAAUGGCAACAACGCUCAGGAGGCCCUUCGUCGUGCCAAGUUCAAGUUCCCUGGUCGUCAAAAGAUCAUUGUCAGCAGGAAGUGGGGAUUCACAAAGUUCAGCCGUACCGACUACGUGAAAUGGAAGUCAGAGAACAGAAUCGUUGCAGAUGGUGUCAAUGCUAAGUUGCUAGGAUGUCAUGGACGUUUGGCUAGACGUCAGCCCGGUCAAGCUUUCAUAGAUGCUGUUGCUGCUUAGAGACACAAAAAAUCUUCUUUGACUGCAAGCGAGAAAUCUGUUUUACUUAGUAAAAGAUAUAGUGCUUUUAAAAGUAGAGACCAUCUUUCUGGAAGUAGUAAUUUGUGAAACUUUUGGGUUUAUCAAUUUUGAUUUAAGUUUGGAUAAUACGUGUAUGGCACGCAUUGAAAGAAUCAGUAGCUGUUUGUCCAUCCUCUUGUUUUGGUGUAAUACCUGGCAUUUUCUGUUAUUUUCAUUUGCAGCAGUA